UGUUCACAUUCUGGGACCUGCUGCACGAGAGCGAGGCCGAGCGGAGUGACACAGAGGCGGCAGCGGGCAGAAUGUCAGAAGGGGAUAGCGCAGGGGAGUCCAUCCAUGGGAAACCGUCAGCCAUUGGCAGGUUUUUCACUGGCCUCGGGCAAGUUUAUCAGUCAUGGUUAGACAAGCUGACUCCUUAUGCAGCUGUGCGAUGGGGAAUUACUCUUUUUUUAACUGCCAUCUACAUGAUUAGAGUGUACCUAUUACAGGGAUGGUACAUAGUCACGUACGCUCUGGGAAUUUACCAUCUCAACUUGUUCAUCGCUUUCCUGUCACCAAAAGUGGAUCCAUCACUGCUAGAUGAUUCAGACGAAGGCCCCGCCUUGCCCACGAAGCAGAAUGAGGAGUUCCGGCCCUUCAUCAGGAGGCUGCCGGAGUUUAAGUUCUGGCAUUCAGCUACGAAGGGCAUCGUCAUCGCCAUGAUCUGCACCUUCUUUGAAGCCUUCAACGUGCCCGUGUUCUGGCCAAUCCUGGUCAUGUACUUCAUCAUGCUGUUCUGCAUUACCAUGAAGAGGCAGAUAAAGCAUAUGAUCAAGUACAGAUAUAUACCCUUUACACACGGGAAGAGGACCUACAGAGGGAAAGAGGACACAGGGAAAACUUUUGCAAGCUAAAAAAAAAACUUCAGUUUAAAUGUAAAAUAAUCAUAAAUGUGGUGGGCUGGGCAAGGAUGGAGUUGGGGUGGGAAUUUUUAUAAAACCUAAAAAAAUCGGAAGAGUUUUGAUCCAUUGUUAUUUAGUAUUUAGUAUUUUGGGGAGGUUGGUUUCUGAUAGUGGGUUACACCGUCUCAAGCACAGAACAGCUGCUGCCUGUAACUUUUUGAGCUAAGCAGUUUGAAUCCGUUUCUCUCCACAGAAAUGCUCUUCUCUCUCUCUCUCUCACUCUCAUAAUCCCACAGUGAAACACAAGGAGUGAAUUUCAGUUAUAUAAAAGCACCUAUCUGGGAUCUCAGAGACGUUACAGUGAAAGCGGGCACUCGGCUGUCAUCACUGUGUAGCCCACACUCAGAAUAAGUGUGGAGGUGUGCAGCUGAAACACAAAGCAGGUUAGCGGGAUCAACACUGUCGUGCUCAGCGUCGUCUCAUUGCUGCACAUCUUCUGACACCAAUGGAGCAGGCAAACGCAUCCACAGUGUGACUGCAGCAUCUGCUGACGGUGCGAUUCAGUCGUAGGGAGCUGUGUCAGGGCUUUGAGCAGACCGCGUACCCAGAUGGAAGCCGUUAGACACCCACGUCUUUGUCAGUUUUUAGGUAUUUAUCGAUGGGAUUGAGUUGUUGACUUCCUCAUUUUGGAAUGAAGCUUUGCCUUUCAUUAUAACUUUAAAAUGACUUAAUUUUUUGACCUCCAUUGUC